CGAGUCUCGUGAAACACAAUAACCAACCAACCUGUGUGUGAUGUGAUGGUGCGUUGAACACAGAUCUACAACAGGCCAUCCUUCAACCAGCAUACAUCGGUGAGAGGGGAGAUGAGAAUACCGAAGAACAUCAUCUCACCGCGCGCUUCGACCUACCUGAGUUGUGUGUGUUCUGAUGGUGUGUUGAACAGAUCUCGGCGCGUGAAGAAGCGUUGAUUUUUGUAUCCAAUGUCUGCGGCCUUCACGAGAUCUGCCAAGCUGGUGUUUCUGGGCGCCCCGGGUGCUGGCAAGGGGACGUAUGCGACGCGGCUGUGCAAGGCGUGGUCCAUCCCUCACAUAUCCACGGGCGACAUCAUUCGCGCUGAGAUCAAGGCGGGAUCGGACCUCGGCCGCCAGUUCCAGAGCUACUCCAACACAGGCGCUCUUGUGCCCGAUGAGCUCGUUGUGGCCAUUGCAAAGUACGCGUAACACAUGUAUCUGCUUGCAUCAGUGACAUACUGAUGGUUGAUGGACUGUUGGUCUGUCUGUCUGUAUAUUUGUGCAUGGCAUUCAGGAAGCGAUUGAGUGCGUCAGAUGCGCAAAGGGGAUAUCUGCUGGACGGCUUUCCCCGCACUGUGCCCCAGGCCGAGCAGCUUCAUCAGUUCGCGCCCCCCACAAUGUGCGUCAACAUCGCCCUGCCUGACCGAUUCCUCAUCAUGAAACUCGCCGGCAGAAGGGUAGGUAUGUCAGUCCGUGUGCAGAAGUCACAGACAGAUAGAUACAUCCAUCCACUGGACUGGUAGAUGUGACUGACACACGACGACCUCGCGUCGCUUGCUUGAUUCUGUGCGUGUGCAUUCGAUCGAGCAGGUGUGCUCUCAGUGCGGGGCGAAUUACAACAUAGCCGACAUUCGCGAAGGCGAGUACGACAUGCCCCCACUGCUCCCCAAACCGGACGACUGUGACAAAGUCAGUCAUUCGGUUGGGGGACAGCGGGAAGAGAAUCUGACUGUGUAUGUGAAUGUAUGUCUCUGUGUGUGUGUGUGUCACUCGCUCACUUCCUCAUUAAACAGUGUCUGGGCAAGCCUGAUUUGGUGCAGCGUGACGACGACAAAGAGGAAGUGGUCAAGGAGAGACUGGACGUCUACAAGAGGGAAACUGCGCCUCUCAUCGACUUCUAUGACAAACAAGUGGGUGACCCCCCAUCCACGAAUGGCUGUUCUGUUACGCUCCCUGUCGCUCUCUCUGGACGGGUGUCUGUUUGUCUCGUUCUCCUUCAUUGCAGAGAUUGCUGCUCAACUUUGACGUAUACAAGGGCGUAAAGGACCUUCCCAAGCUGCAAGAGCUGAUCGAGAAGGAACUCGGCAGAUUGAUGUGAAUAGUGAGUGAAACAGGUAGACGCGUUUGUGUUCGUGUGUACGUAGGAAGGCUUGGAUUUGUCUGGUCGUUGUGUGUUCACUUGUGUGGUGCGGCGGGACAGACGUACGAAGACUGUGUGCAUCAAGUGUGUGUAUGUGCACACACUUGUGGCCAUGUAUACGUAUUCUUCGCCUCAUCCAUGUAUGGACGGUGGAAGACGAACCGAGUCAGUGGCGGCACCAACCAGCCGGUGUGCCCUCUGUGAAGUGAAUUGAUGCAUCGAUCAA